CAAACUAUCUUUGCAGUGAAACGAUUAAACGCAGAAUGAGGAACUUCACCUUGAUAACAGCUUUACUUCUCUGCAGCCUUGGCUGGAUCUCUGUCUCAGCUUCUGAGUCUCACACUGUGGAGGUCCAGUCUGGUGGAGACAUCACUCUGAUGUGCUCCAACAUUUCCAGGACUCCAACUACAACAGAAUGGUUCAGAGUGAUCAACAGAACCAAGCUCAGCUGUGUCUCCUCUAUGUACAAGUCUGAUAGCAAUGCCUCGUACUGUGAUGGAUUUCAAAAUAGAUUUGAGAUGAGCUCCAACAUCUUUACUGUCUUUCUUAACAUCACAAGAGUAAAUUUAUCUGACUCUGGACUGUAUUUCUGUGGAUGUAACCAAAGCAACCAUACAGUUCUUGUCAAUGCAACAUAUCUACAAGUCCAAGUUGAUGGUGUAAAUCAUGUUCGAGGGGAUUAUAAUGAAAAGGACUCUGAUGGAAUGACAAACGUCAUGAAUGUGAUCCUGACUGUUCUGACUGUUUUCCUCACCAUAGUCGUCAUUAUUCUGACUGUUAAAAUCAGGAAACUCCAGACAGCUGUGAAUGAAGAACAGCAGCCAGAAAGAAACAAGGAUCUGGGCUCAGAUGAACUGAACUACGCAGCUAUAAAUUUCCAGGCGCAACCCAAAAGAAGCGGCAGGCCUGCAUCAGAGAGAGAGAUGGAGCAACAUGCUGUGAAUGCUGCCAGCAGAUAGACACAAGCAACAAUAGGACUGCAACGCUCCAUGUAACUGAUGCUUUCUCAUAUUCAUCUGCUGCAAGAAUCAAUGGCAACAUUCUUUUAUUAAAUAAAG